AUGGUUAGCGCUCAAGAACAAGAAUUGUUAGACUCAUAUCCACAAAAAUGUCAAGAAGGUUCUCUACCUGGUACUCCAGGUAAUUUAGAACCAGAACAAAAGACCGCUUUAGAAGAAUUCAGAAAGGCCUUAGAAGAUGCUGGUUUUGAUGAACGUCUGGAUGAUGCUACUCUAUUACGUUUCUUAAGAGCAAGAAAAUUCGAUAUUGCUUUAGCCAAAGAAAUGUUUGAAAAUUGUGAAAAAUGGAGAAAAGAAUAUGGUACUAACACUAUCUUAACCGAUUUCCAUUAUGAUGAAAAGCCUCUUGUUGCUAAAUUCUACCCACAAUAUUAUCAUAAGACUGAUAAAGAUGGUCGUCCAUGUUAUUUUGAAGAACUGGGCGCUGUCAAUUUACCAGAAAUGAUUAAGAUCACUACUGAAGAACGUAUGUUGAAGAAUUUGGUUUGGGAAUAUGAAUCUGUCGCUAAAUACAGAGUCCCAGCUUGUUCUAGAGCAGCUGGUUAUUUGGUCGAAACCUCCUGUACAAUCAUGGAUCUAAAAGGUAUCUCCAUCUCUAGUGCUUACAGUGUCUUAAACUACGUUAGAGAAGCUUCUUACAUCAGUCAGAACUUCUACCCAGAACGUAUGGGUAAGUUCUACAUGAUCAAUGCUCCAUUUGGGUUCUCUACUGCUUUCAGAUUGUUUAAACCAUUUUUGGAUCCUGUUACCGUCUCAAAGAUUUUCAUCUUAAGUUCUUCUUAUCAAAAGGAAUUGUUGAAACAAAUCCCUGCUGAAAACUUACCAACUAAAUUUGGUGGUAAAUCCGAAGUCGACGAGGCUACUGGUGGGUUAUAUUUGUCUGAUAUCGGUCCAUGGAGAGAUCAAAAAUAUAUUGGCCCAGAAGGUGAAGCUCCAGAAGUCUUCUCUAUGAAAUAG